GGGAAUCAUUUGAAAAUAUCGCGUUUGGUGCACAGUCAAUGAGCUUUUAUUUAAGAUGAUUUUAUUAAUUUUGGGGCUCCUAGCCGCCGUGAACGCUACUCCUGCAGUCGACAAGGAAUCCUACAAAGACCAAUACCGUGGUUCUGGUCAAGCCGGGAGACCUAAUGCAGAACACAACGACCACAGUUCAAAUUACUGUACGGACCCAAGAACGAUGAGGAAGCAUGCAGCGUAUACCGAGUGGGCAGAUGCAUACUCGUGCACCAGACAUAGAUGCCAACCAGGAGGACGGAACCUCGCCAUCUAUACAGUCGGAUGUAAGCGAGUCGAAGCCCCCGAGUCGGCGAUAGAAUGCGAAGAAGUCGUUGAAGAUACCAACAUGCAGUUCCCCUUCUGCUGCACGCGUCUCAGAUGCUUGGUGGUAGUUCGCGGAGAAGUAUGGACGAGGGUGCUGGGCCAACCUUGGGAAGUUCUUCCAGCAGCACCGUGGAGUCACAUGUACAAGAUGAAGAAACCACCGCCAGCUGACUCCACCUUCCUACCCAAGACGAACGAACAAGGUCCAGUCUACGAGCUGACGGAAAACGAAGACACCGGCGGUCAUGAUAAGGUGCUACGAUCAGGCAAGAAGCCCGUUACUGACCCUGACUGCAAUGAAAUAGAGUCCAGGGCCGCUCCGCCGCCCCCAGACAUUGUGAUCGCAUUAUCAACAAAUAACGAAAUAAAGGAACCUUUGCAAAAGAAAUAUGAAAACUCUAGGCGUUCUCAAUCUAAACAUGAAAACUCCAGACACAAGCGAGCUCGUAAGACUACUCCGUCGACUCCAGCUCAGUACUUUGAGGAGGAGCAAAGAGAGAACAAGGACAGAGAGAAACGCAUAGAGCCUGAGAUACAGGAGGUUGAGGAAAUUCCUACGUCUACUGAUAAACCUCCUGAAAUGUCCGCGGAAAAAUUCUUCGCCAAUAAUUAUGCAGAUACGCAGAAAACACCGCCUAAACAUGGUAGUCACAAUCCAGUGUCUUGGACUGAGAUCCCUCAGAACCAGUGGAAUGAUCCGCAUGAAGGCUUGGAAUUAGAAAAUCGAGUUAGCAUAGAUCUCUUGCAGGAACCACAGAUAUAUCAAGCGCAGGAAACUCAACCUCAAGAUAUGCCAGAACCUAAAGUACAAGCAAUUAAUGCUCUAAUGAGUGCUAAUGAGGAGAAACCAACUAAUUUGCAAGCAUUAGUAGAUGCUAUAGGUACAAGAAUGAGAGAUAUUGAGAGUGUUGUUCAAAAAAUGAGUGAGAAAGUCCAUCAAGUGAAACCGGGAUUUGAAAGUAGCGCUGAAAAAAGAAUAUCAGCUGAGCUGGAAGAAGCACAUAGACUUCAUAAGGAUCCGAAACGACCCAACGCAGAUGGUGACAACUACAGAAGGUUCUCGGUGCUUAGCAAUCGAGGUAGCAAAUAUCUGCAUAGCGCUUCAGAUAGUACCGCUGAACCGCCAUUAAUUAUCGGAGACACUAAUCUGACCGGAUAUUUCAGCGAUGCUAGCAACAGUGUCUUAAGGAGAAGUGCCCAACCUAAGGAACCUCCGCCGACCUAUAUGGCACCGGUAGAAAAUCACAAGUCCAAAGUCCCGGUACAUAUCGCAGUCGUCUCAGACAACUUAGAAGAUACAGAAAAGAAGAAAAAGAAGCACUCGCACAAGAAAAGAAGGGGUAAAGGCUCACGUUCACACAAGAAACACCAUUCUAAAGACGAUAAAAGAAAACACUUUAAUAGGCUUAGUUCAGUCGAAAUGGACAAGAAUGUAGUUUCUUUAGAAGAUAGUAGUGCGCUAACUAAAAAAUAGAUGGCGCUGUUCAAAACUUUGGUAAAUGGCUGAGCAUUUUUGUGAAAUGUUCGUUGAGUGAACUGAUUUUUUUUUAUUUAUUUUGAUUUUAUUUUGGUUUCUUAUAAGUAUUUUACUAUCUGAUCAUCAGAAUUCACCAGAAACAGCGUUAUGUUUUCUGUUUUUAAGAUCUAGCUAUCGCAAUGGAGAAACCUGUUAUGAUAGUUUAGGUAAGGUUAUAUAUAAAUAAAUAAAUGUAAUAAAUUACGUUUUGUUUCAAACCAACUUCGCAAGAAGAAUGCUUAAGUCUUCAGUUUUAUACCUUAUUCAUUGAUUUUGAGCUCAGUUAACCCAAGCUAUCAGAAAUGCCAAGCCAUUUAUUGAUAAUUCCAAGUAUUUAAUAAUUCAGAUUUUUUAUACAUAA